UCACGGAUAUGUGCCGUCUGGACCUAUCACAGACGCCGUUUCAUGGCAGGUACCCGGAUGUAGCCGUGGGGCAAUUAGCUACGUCAUUGUUCACCGGCGGACACCCGCUGGAAAUAAGAAAUGGCUUUAAAACCGCUAUUAAGGUGUUCGUAACAGACUCAAGCUAUGAACAAUGACCAUAGUUGACAGACUGUCAGAAAAAUCUGACCACGAGUCAGUCGGAUUUACCCGAUCCUUCGCCAGCGGAGAAGUGGGGAUGGACGGCAGCUGUUCCAGCAGCUGGGCGAUGGGUCCCAGCAUGCCCGGCGACUCUCCAAGGCUCAAGUCUUCAGGGGGCUGCCUGGGUCCGACCCCUGGUGCUGCUGUCUACAACGGCACCCCCCCUUCUGUGGACCGUCCCAAGGACCAAGUGAUGAGCAGCGAAGACGGCAUCGACUCGCCUCAGAAGGUCCUGUUUCCUGCAGAGCGGCUCAGUUUAAAGUGGAUCCAGGUUCACCGCAUUGGGGCCGGCCUGCAGAACAUGGGGAACACAUGCUUCCUCAACUCAGCCCUGCAGUGUCUCACCUACACUCCGCCGUUAGCCAACUUUAUGCUGUCAAGGGAGCACUCUAAAACCUGUCAUGAGCCAGGGUUCUGUAUGAUGUGCACCAUGCAAAACCACAUCAUUCAGGUUUUUGCCAACUCUGGGAACGUCAUUAAGCCCAUCGGUGUCCUCAAUGAGCUGAAAAGAAUUGCAAAGCACUUCCGCUAUGGAAGCCAGGAGGAUGCACACGAGUUCCUGCGGUACACGGUGGACGCUAUGCAAAAGUCCUGCUUACCUGGAACCAAAUUGGACAGGCAAACGCAGGCCACCACUUUCAUCCAUCAAGUAUUUGGAGGGUACCUCAGGUCCAGAGUGAAAUGUCUGAACUGCAAAUCAGUUUCUGAUACAUUUGACCCUUUUCUGGAUAUCACUCUGGAAAUUAAGACGGCACCCAGUGUCUCCAAAGCUCUGGAGCAAUUUGUCAAACCAGAACAGCUCGAUGGUGAAAACGCCUACAAGUGCACCAAGUGCAAAAAAAUGGUAACGGCCUCAAAGAGAUUCACAAUCCACCGCAGUCCCAAUGUGCUCACCCUCUCACUAAAACGAUUUGCAAACUUCACUGGAGGAAAAAUCACAAAGGAUGUUAAAUAUCCAGAGUACCUGGACCUGCGGCCCUUCAUGUCCCAGUCUCAAGGAGAACCCCAGAUCUACGGCUUGUACGCUGUACUGGUCCACUCUGGCUUCAGCUGUCACGCUGGACAUUACUUCUGCUAUAUUAAGGCUAGCAACGGUCAGUGGUACCAGAUGAACGACUCCUCUGUGUCUGUGAGCGACAUCCGCUCUGUGCUCAACCAACAGGCCUAUGUCCUUUUCUACAUUAAAUCGUCAGAUGUGAAGAAAGCUGGAGACCACAGCAAUUUGAGCCAUAACCCAGGUCUCUCAGGUCAGUCUUCUCCCCGGCCGGUGGUAACCCCACGCAUCCACACCACCAUCCACCACGGCGCCGCCGGCUUCAUAGGUCCUCAGCUGCCACCACAUAUGACCAAGAGCGCCCUCCAUGUUAAUGGCAAUGGAUCUCUGAGGGACUAUCCCAGCAACUCUAAGGCCAGCAGCAGCGCGGUUGGAAAACCCAGCCAUGGACUGGCUUCAUCCUCAAUCUCCCACUCAAUCAGCCGACCCACGUCGAUCCCAGACCAAGAGAAACGGCAGAAGCUUUCAUUUUUUAUUGGACAAGGCAAACAGAACCGACCAUCCUCCUCCUCCUCGGCUUAUAGCCAUCCAUCCUCUGCAAGCAGCUCCUCCUCCAGCUCUUUACCUUCCUCACAGUCUACCUCAGAGCCUCGCUUUGUUCCACGUCAGCUACACCACGUCAACGGCACGUCUUGCAGUAACGGGGAUCAACCCGCUGGAGGCAACGGAUCCUCUUUCCUGGUGCCGUACAGUCAAGAGUCUUCGGAAGAGUCCGACCAGGAGAACUGUACCACUCAGGAUGUUGGCGGCUUAGCCAGGCCUCAGACUAAGGGGAACAAUGUGACAAGAGAUGCCUGUGCCUCUUCUUCUAAAAACACAAACGGUGAAACAGACGUGCAUCAUAACAGUAGUGAGUUGAACGGGUCAACCUCUGAAUUUACUAUAAAAAACCAAAACGGGCAAUUUAACGGGCACCCUAAAGUUAAUGGAGAAAACACACCUGAGAAGGUAUCCAUCCAUAAUCAGGACAGUUCAUCUGUGAAUGCUGUUGGCAAUGGGCUUGGCCGUGACCAUAAUGAGCCAAGCAAAGAGGUCCAGGACCCGGCCUCAUCCCAGCCCAGUUCAGCCGAGGACGUUCCUGCUGCUGCUAACGAAGGCGAGCCCCUCCCUGCUGCUGACGAAAGGGCUAACAUGCUGCCUGAACCUCUUUCUCACCACACAUCAUCCUCUACUGUUGCCGCUUCACCCUUAGCUACUGCUUCCAAGACCCAGUCUCCUACAUCUAGAGACUCUGCUCAUUCUGGGGGUCCAGGGAACCUGUCAGCCUCAUCCUCAGACCCGGCCUGCGCUUCAAGAGCUAACGGCAUAUCUGCAGCCGCUCAGAACCUUAGCAAAAGUGAAGGAGAAGAAGAAGUUAAGGAUUCGUCGCAGACUAAUGGUCCUUCAGCACAGACUGAAAGUAAUCCAGAGAACAAAGGGCAGUGUCAGUCCAAGCCUGGUCCAGGUUCUAGAUGCAAUGAAAGGCAGUCGUCCCAUGACAGGGAGAGGGACAGACUUCACUCUGACUGCAGCAGAGACAGGGAGAGACACUACAGGGACAGGAGUCCGCCGCGGGAAAGUCACAGCGAUCGCCACCGGUACAGACGAGAUUACAGAGAUCACCAUCGCUCCUACAGGGAUCGUUUCCCUCCUGCCGAACGCAGCUACAGGGACUGGGACUUUGACCGGCGCAAGGAGCGAGUUGGCCUGCACUCCUGGGAGCACGAUCGAGACCGACGCUCCUCCCAUUACAGCCAUCACAGCCAUUACCAUCACAGGUUUGAUGUGAGCCACGAGAGGAGGGGGGUUCCCCAUCUUCAGGAGUCUCACAGUCACUGGAGGAGGCAGCAGGACGGCCGCGACUCCCGGACGACGAAGGACAAAAGGAACGGGUGGCACAGGGACGGAUACCAGUCUAAAGAACGGAGUUCCUCCCCUGCUGGUGCUGCUCCAGAGUCAAACAAGUCCAAGGUGUCUCCCUCUCGGGAUCGCCUCUGUAAUCUUGAUUCAACUCAUAGGAGAGAUGAUCAGAGUGAUAGGAGGGCAGCUGCUCAUCUAAGAAAGGAGCGAGACGACAGCUCAGAGGGACGGUGCUCAAAAAAACAUAAAAAAAGCAAGAAAAAGAAGAAGUCAAAAGAUAAAGACCGGCACCAUGACAGCAGUUCCGACCUGGAUUCAGACAGAAGCACUGAAACCAGGAAGAAGAAGAAGAAGCGCAGGCGGCACAGAGACAGUGAUUCAGAUUCAGGACGAGGCCACACCAACCGCAGCAGCAAAGACGGGGAGAAUCGAAAACGGCAUCACUCUGACAUGAAGGACUCGAGGUACGAAAAAGACUAUUUAGCGGGCAAACGUCAGCGCCCAGACUGUGGCCAUGGCGGCAGGGACCACCCGUCCUCGUCGCAUCAUAAUCCCCUCUCAAACGAUUCAGCGCUCCAACAGCUCAAUGGAUACACAGGAAACGGUCGAACCAAUGGUGACUUCAACGGAUGCUCCAGUGGCCUCAAGCAGUGACUUUAGGACACCCCCCCCCCCUUCCCAUCUGCAACAUCUGACAACAGCAGAGGAAUGAAAUCACAACUUUUCGAAGUGGUGCUUCAGGACUAGUAUUUUAAAUGGCGCUUUUUAACAGUGUUCUUUUUUUCUUUUUUUUUUCUGGCGAUUCUCCUGCGGUUCAAAAACAAAACCACAACAUUUAUGGUUAAAAGAUAAUAAUAUAUAGUUAUUUGAGUAAAAACCAAGCCUGGAGCUUAAACAUCUCACUUGCUGCUCAGUGGAACUCAGGACUCAAACACAACACGAAUCACUUAUCCACAAGCUUCAAGUAAGAAUGAAACAAAAGGGAGAAUGUGUUGUCUACGACAGACUGCGCGUCACCAUGUUGUUACCAAGAUGUCACCAUUUCUGCAGAGCUGCAAUAUUUUUGGUUUUUUAGCUGUUUUGUUGUCGAUGUGAUCAAACUAACAGAGCGGGAGAUAUUUAUGAACGAAGCGGAUGAGUGCAGAACAAGGGUUUGUUGACCGAUACCUCCAUGUUAACCCUGGACAGACUUGAGGACAUUUCUCGGCUAGUGUUUUUAUUUUUUUUAUUUUAUUUUUUUGCAGUUAUGUCCAUUUUCCUCGCCUAAGACUCCCUUGUUAAACCGUUUGAGUUUUCUCUCUAAAUUGUGUUUCUCCUGUUUUCUUCUAGGAUGUGGACCAUUUGUGUUUAGGUUUUAUUCUUUUUCUUUUUCAUGAAAAUACAGUUUGUGUCUUCUAGCAUCAUGAAAUACUGUGAAGUUAAGUUUGAACUGUACUAUCAGUUAUUUUUCUAAGUAAAAAGCCUGUAUCAGGAUCCUUAUGCUUUGUCUGUAGAAGGAUUUGUGUUGAUUUUGACCAUAUUCUCUGGGCCUAAUAUGGCUUUUGGGGUGGGGGGGGAUUUCUUUCUUUGAGUUUCAACUUUGGGAAUAAGUUGAUCAAACUGCUGUUAUAUCUUUUUAAUUUAGCAUGUCUGAAUUUAUACAUUGUAUAAGGUAAAAGCCUUAAAUACAUUUGUUAAUGUCAGAAAUUGUAAUUUCUGUCCUUGGACUUUGUUUACAAGCUGUGUUGAAUGACAACUGGUGAUUGAUAUGUUGGAUUUAUUGACCUUUUGUAUUAUAGAGAAAUGAUUGAUUGUACUGAAGCCUUUUUGUUUAACAGACAUAUUUUCUAGCUCAAUUUAAAUGUAGGCGACACACUUAGCAUCCAUCCACCAUAUUCAGGUUUUGUUAAAUAGGACACACAAACUGUUUGGCUUACUUUGGUCAGUAUUAUGCCUCGAGUCAUAAAUGUAUUCUUAACAGUUUCCAUAUAUGAAAUAACCAAAGACUGGUUAUGUUUGGCGAGUGGAGCUUUUUCACUCAAUUCACAUGCACACAAGCGUUAUGAGCAUGUACAUUUUUGAAACCCGAUUUCCCCAACUAUCUUAUCACCAAGUUAAAUGUAACUUCUGCACCAGUUCGGUUCUGGCUGAGUUUUUCUGCUCAGUAAUAACAGUGUAAUGAGACUCAUGCUCCAACAAGAGCUCGUAAAAGCCCCUUUAUUCUGACGUGUUAAACUGUUGAACGGGUAAUGGCUAAAGCCUUGAUUAACACUACAUGAACAUAACGGGGGAACAACUGUACAUUAUAUACUCUACACACUACAUGUAAGUGGGGGGACUGCCUCUUGUGAAAGAAAAAGACAAUAAAUAUAAAAUAAAA